UUCAGUGUGUUAGAACAAUGUUAAUCUGUGUGAGUGGUUCUUAUUUUCUCAUCUCUGGCUGCAUCUGAACGCAACUCAGCUGCACCUCUAGACCAGUAAAGUCUUGUUUGUGGGGAGGGGGCUGCUUGGACACGAACACCCCCCACAUGAAAUUGGAGUUUUGCAAUGUCUUUUUGAGAGUGGGAUAAAGGAAAGUGCAGAUUGUUGAGCUCUUCUGUCUUUUCUUCCUGUAUCUUUUUUUCCACUCCGAUCUCUGCUUCCAGUCCCUCUUCAGGAGGCAGUACAUCUAUUUUCAAGGGACGCUGCACCUAGUCUUUGACAAUGAAGUUCAACUUGUUCAGAAAACCCCAGCCUGUGACGCCCACUGAGCCCACUGGCGGCGCCACCACCAUGACCAUGGCUCCCACCCAGGCUCUCAUCUCCACCACAGCACUGGACACUUCUGGCUCCAACAACACAGAGAUCAGCAAAAAUGACAUGUUCGAAGAAAUCAAGAGUAAAUUCUUGAAUGAAAUUGAGAAAAUCCCACUGCCUCCAUGGGCUCUGAUUGCCAUUGCAGUGGUGGCUGCAUUACUCAUCCUCACCUGCUGCUUCUGUAUAAUCAAAAAAUGCUGCUGCAAGAAGAAGAAAAACAAGAAAGGGAAGAAGGGCAAGGACGGCUUCAACAUGAAGAACAUGCAGGGUGGCGAGAAACCCCAGGAUGACGACGAUGACGAGGGAGAGACCGGACUGACUGAGGAAGAGAAAGAGGAAGAAGAGAAAGAGAUCGAGAAACUGGGGAAGCUGCAGUACUCUAUAGAGUAUGACUUUGAGAACACAAAGCUCACAGUUGGCAUCCUUCAAGCUGCAGACCUCAUGUCUAUGGACUCGGGAGGAACUUCUGAUCCGUACGUCAAAGUCCAUCUCUUCCCUGACAAGAAGAAGAAGUACGACACCAAAGUGCAUAAGAAGACUCUGAACCCUGUCUUCAAUGAGACGUUUGUAUUCAAGCAGGUACCCUAUGAGGAGCUCGGGGGCAAGACACUGGUGAUGUCCGUGUACGACUACGACCGAUUUUCCAAACACGACGUCAUUGGAGAGGUGAAGAUUCCGAUGAACACCAUCGACCUUGGACGACCCAUCGAGGAGUGGAAGGAUUUGGAAAGCGCCGACCAAGAGGAGCCUGAGAAACUCGGAGACAUCUGCAUCUCGCUCCGUUACGUCCCCACUGCUGGAAAACUCACCGUCUGUAUCCUGGAGGCUAAGAAUCUGAAGAAGAUGGAUGCCUGUGGAUUAUCUGAUCCCUAUGUGAAGAUCCAGCUGCUGCAGGGAGGAAAGCGUCUGAAGAAGAAGAAGACGACGGUGAAGAAGAACACCUUAAACCCGUACUACAACGAAUCCUUCAGUUUUGAGAUCCCUCUAGAACAGAUGCAGAAAAUCUUGGUGGCAGUCACAGUGUUUGAUUACGACAAAAUUGGUAAGAACGACGCCAUCGGCAAGAUCUUCGUGGGCAGCAAGGCGACUGGCUUAGGUCUGAAGCACUGGUCUGACAUGUUGGCUAACCCACGCCGUCCCAUUGCCCAGUGGCAUCCAUUGCAACCAGAAGAAGACAUUGAUGGUCAGCUGGCGUCUUUGGCUGCGAAGAAGUAACGCGCUCCACCAACCAGCUAAUGCACUAACUCAGAAACCCAACCUCCCCAUCUCUACUUUGCAUGAAUCCCAUGACUUUACACAUGACGACCUGUCGUGAUGACAACCGCUCAGCAAAAAAGAGACAUCCUAGAAUAUCUGCUCAGUUAUGGUGAAGUCGGCGAAACGGUUUGUAGAACAUCGCAUUUCACAGACUAUAGUGUGUGCUGAGAGGAGUGGCGUUGAGUGAUCAGGUGACAGUUUCGCGAACGAUCGACUUGGGGUCUUUUGUUCAUUUUUGAAGAACUGAUUCUUAGGGUGCUGACACUGAAUGGAAGUCUUGGUGAAGCCAAAACUGGAAAUAGAGCUUUAGUUUAGUUAACUGAGCAUGCUUUACUUGCCUCCCCCACUGCUCUGCAUUUACCACGCCCAGUAAUGCAUCUUGCUAAUACAUGUGCUAUAACUUGCAAAAGAAUGUACUGUAAUUUUGGGCUAUUUCCUGCACAGCGUUGUGUGUGUGUGUGUGUUCUGAUUUAAGUUGAUCAACGCAAACAUAAUUUAAGUGACACCGAAAGAGGUUUGCAGCGACCCCCUGCGACAAUGAGCUUUCAAGAGAAUCAGUUCAUUUUACCCGCUCUCAUUUGAGGAGGAGACGCAUACAGUACAGUACAGUUGUUUACAGUAUGCUAGGGGUGCUGCAAUUAUUCAAUCAUCUAUGCAUUUAUAGGUUUGACGCGCAUUUUUUUUUGUGUUUUUAGAGAAAUGAAAUGUAGGACACGAAUACAUGGGUGCCUUUCUUGUUAGGGCACUUUAGGAAAUACAGGAGUCGGGAAGGAGAACUUUUUCCGGAAGUCAUCAGGGACGCUGUAAAUGUGCCGUCUGAAAUCUGUCGUGGGCCGUGUUGACUUCUUGGAUGUAAAAACCUUAGGGUUUACCAGAAGGCUUACCAAUGACUGUCCAAACAAUUGCAACAGGGCUUUGGAAUUUUGCUUUCAGCCAUUAAACGGUUUACAUGUGUUUCUUUGAUGAAUGUUGUAGUUUUCCACAAACACCACAACCCCGGUGUAAAACUAGAUUGUGAGGAAGGAUUUCUGUUGAAGACGAGAUGUUUUUAUAGAGAAGUGAAUUUGAAAUGUAAGCUGUGACUGCACUUUUUACGAGAACAAGAAUUAAAGUGUACAAUUACA